AUGGCAGUCUUCGCAGGGCUUUCCGGUGCUCAUGCGAUUCUUCUGGCCACUCACUGGUGCGCCACUGCAAACAUCCCCCAUCUCCCGCAACUCCAGGCUCGAUUUCCUGCGUGCCUUCCCUCCGAGCGACUCUUGCGCAUCAUCUUGACCUUCCUACCCGAGAGCACGGAGCCGCAGCACUAUACGUCCGUUGUCGAGGAUAUUGUGGACGGUAAUUCAACCCAUGCGGCUACGGAGGAGAUUGAUGUUUCUCCUGUCAAAGGUCUGACCGAGGCGGUUGCGAGGAAACGUGUACGGAAACUCCGUCUACUGCCCCUCAAGUGUCCCGACGAUGAGGAGAGUCAGGAUCUCGAGGGCCUCCUAGACCAAUUCCUUAUUCAUCGAGCUCAUCGGAUCGACAGCGAGACCUCACUCCAACCGCUGAUUCUCGACCUUCUUCUACCAUUCUAUGAACGUUCACCGUCGGUGCGAACCUGGCUCAUCUCUACGCUACUCCCGCUGCUGCGAUUAAACUACGAGUAUUAUCCGAUCCCGGACGAGACCUUUUCGCUGGAUACGCUGGAGUCUAUGGAUGAUCAUACGACAAUAAAUGUCCUCCUUUCGAUGACCGGUGCGGAACGAAACAUGAUGGAUUUGGUCAAUAAUUUGCGGGGCUUAGUUGGUUCGUGGAUGUACGGCAGCAAUCGGUCAAAACGGCGGAGACUCAGCCAAGCGACGCAACAGAACUCGAUCUCACUUCCUCCGGGAGAAACUCAGCCACGCACGAGGAAUGGCGCUGGAUGGCAUUAUGUCAACGAGUGGUUGGUCUCGCGGAGCCUGGUGGAUCUUGAGAGUGUUGUAAGCGCCUUUUCCAAUUGGGGUGGACCCGAAGAUGUGGACUUAGGAGGGUAUGAUAAUGGGAACGGACAGUUGGAGAGUGAUGAAGUCGCGGAUCUGCGAAUCCGGUAUGCUCAAUCAGGACUUGCCGUCAUUUACGCGAAUGCCGACAUUAGCGAGCCCUCCUUGGAGGGGUCCAGUGAAGUCCUCGCUCGCGUUUCGAGGUUACUGGACUAUGAAGACGCCUCCUUUCUCACGUCGGACACUUCGGCGCUUCCUUCGAUUAAGUUUGAUGCAAGCCAUAUCUCAUCGUCAUCGAGAGUGUCUCUGUUGCAGAAUGCCCUGCUUCUAGCCUCCAACCCCCUAACAUACCCCUCGGCCUCUUCGAUCUCAUUUUUGAGCGCCAUACUUCUAUCCCUUCGGACAUUGAAUGAACUUGGGUAUCCUAUCCCGUGCAGGACGGCCGCAAACCUUUGUCUUCACAGUCAUGAGGACAUGCAGCUCGUAGAACUGCGAAACGUGAUGGCAUCUGCUGUUAGGCAGGCCCAAUCUGGCCGGGACUGGAGGAAGACCCGCCAGCAGUUACUUUGGCUUCGAGACUGGGGAGUCGGCCAAUUGGGCCAAACAGAGGGCGAUUUGAAUUGUCAUGGGCUCUUUUGGAGGGUUCCGCUGGACGUUGUCGAGGCAGAGGUUCUAAAAGCAUUGUUGGAUGCUAAAGAAUACAACCUGGCCGUUGAGAUUUACGUUAAGUCGAGUUCAACUGUUAACCUCUCUCAAGUCGAGGAGGCCGUUAAGGAGGCCAUAUUUUCAGCAUACGAUAACGCAAGCAAUGGCAACCGAACACGAGGCGGAAUGAGAAAGACGCAUGAGAUUUUACAAGCAUUCAAACCACACAUUCCCGAUUCUACCUCUUUCAAACAGAUCCAAGCUCUUAUCUCCGCCACGCAUGCUCUGUCUUUCUAUUCUCUCACCCUGCAGCACGGAGUGCCAUUCCAGCCUGUCAGCAUCCGCGUUCAUCCAGAUCCCCUCUCCCUGAUCGAAAAGGUCCUUGACCAGAACCCCAAAGCCUACACCAAACUGGACGACCUUCUCAGCAUCGGCCGAAACCUGGUUGCCGCCGGGUUUGCGCCUCACUUGCCAGACGACGAAGGCACCCUCCCGUCGGAUUCAGAAGAUGCCGUCGUCACCGCUGAACGACGCAUUAUGUCUUUGGCCAUCUCUUCGGCUCUCUCGGACGACGACUUCGGCACCGCCUAUUCUUACAUUCUCACCCGUCUCACUCCUCCCUCCCUCAUAUCCACAUCGUCUCCCCUAACCAACCCGGCUGUGAAAGACGAUAUUUCCUGGCGUGCCGUGUACAAUGCUGGACGUUACCGCUCGCAGACAGCAUCCACAAGCCCGAACCUUCAAGCCCAAAUUACCCGACUGUCGCAGCGCAUGGAGCUGCUCUCGUUGGCCCUGGUCCUCGUACCUUCCCCCGACCCACUCCCUGAGAUUCUUGGCGCCUGGAGACGAUGCGACGAAGAGAUGACGGGACUGCGGACGCGCGAGUCGGAAGAGGAAGAAAUCUGGGACACCAAGGGUGACCGUCUCUCGAUGGUGCCGGGCGGCUUUGGCCCCACCGACAGCGAGCAGGACGCUUUUGAAACGCAACAGCAUCACGCCCGACGCGCGCGUGCCCAGCAACAACAGAGCCGUCUCAAUCUUGAGGAAGCCCCAAUGGGUCUCUUCGAAGUCGCCCGCGGCGCCGCCCUCGCCCUUCACAAAAAUGCAUUCCCCUUGCGCGGGGCCGCAGAAACCAAUGCCGACGCAGAUCCCCCGUCUGACCCUCUGCAUCACUCGGCGUCUCAUGUGCGUGGACCCAGCGACGAUGCCGACGAGCGAGUCCGCAAGCGCGACGUCGUCAGUAACAUGGUUACGGGCGGGUUGGCUAGCGGGAUUGGAUGGGUACUGGGUGCUCAGCCGGUGAAUCGUUAG